CGUGCAGUUCGGCUGUGGUGCUUGUGAUGUUUGCUGGGGUUGCAGUGUCUAGACAUGGCUGCAGACGCCACGUGAGAACAGUUGACGCGAACAUGCCGAGUUUGCUUCAGCACUGCCUGCUGGUAGUGGCGGGAGUGCUUGGGGCUUUAGCCAAUCUGGCGGUAGUGGAUCCACCAUCAUGCCCCGACUUGUGUGUGUGCCGUAGUGAUGAGGAACAAACAGUGGGUCGUCGAGCCAAGUCGAUCACGUGUUCAGGUAUUGGCCAAGGCGAACUGUCAAUGAUGUCUCAUAUUAGUUCUACCGUGGAAGUGCUCCGAAUAUCAAACACAAGUAUUCGUCGAGUGGAUUUUUUUACUUUCCGGCGAUUGCCAGGUCUUUUGUUGCUAGACUUGAACAGCAACGGUAUUAACGAGAUCGCGGGAACAGGCAAGACGUUACCUAAGCUCAGAUCAUUGGACCUCAGUGGAAACAGUCUUCAUAUAAUACAACCGUAUAGUUUCCGUGAUUUUCCUGAGCUAAGAAGUUUAGAUCUUUCUGCAAAUGGAUUGCAUACGAUCUCCCCAUCGUGCUUUCUGCUGCCUGUUCUCAGAGUGCUAGACCUUCAUCACAACCGGCUGUCAGUAUUGAAGGCACAUUUCUUCGCAGACACUCCCAACUUGCAAGAAGUGUACCUGGCAAGUAACGCACUGUCUCGAAUUCCAAGUUUCGUAUUCGAACACAAUUUACACAUACUUGAUCUUUCCAAUAAUCACAUUAUGCGACUUGAAGACAGCGCCUUUGAGGGUAUCAACAUCUCUGGUCAUUUGAAUCUUGCACAAAAUGCGCUUCGCCGUAUGCCGAACACCGCACUUAAGCGUCUUGGCCAUGUUCAACUUUUAGUGCUGGACGCUAACUUGUUCCACGUGUUUGAUGCUGGUGCAAUUGUCGGUCUGUCAGUUAGAUCGCUCAGCGUUUCAAAUCAUAGAUAUCUGCAGUUGAUUCACAGAGAAGCUUUCCUCAAUUUGAUCGACCUGGAGGAGUUACGAAUUCGUGGUAAUCCAGCACUGACAUACGUUCAUCCGCAAAGUUUGGUGAAUUCGCCUAAAUUGCGGAUUUUAGAUCUUUCAAAUAAUUCUCUUAUUACCUUGGAACAGGAGCUACUGCAAGGAACACCAGAGGUGACUGAACUUCGCGUCGCCAACAAUAAAUUUAUUUGUCAUUGUAGUUUGUCAUGGCUACAGAAUAUGACACAAGACGAAGUGUUCUGUUCGCAGAUAAAUGAUGGUAGUCUCCUAUCACUAAUGCAGCUUCCUCACGCUUCUUCCAGCUGCAUCCCAUACAUAAUACCUCUAUUCCCUGUAUCUUACCACGAAACCAUCGGCAAUAAUGCAUCCUUUCACUGCCGAGCUCUUGGUAAGCCGGACGUAAAAGUAAACUGGUUUUUGAAGACUGGACAGCGUCUUUAUAAUGGAAAAUGUGCUGGAAGAUUUUGUGUUGCCGAUCACACACUCACUGUUCAUUACUUGCACAACGAUGACAGUGGAUCUUACAAGUGCGUGGCUAGGAACGAAAUCGGUGAGGACAGUCGAUCAGUGGAACUUCACGUACGUGAUAUUAACGUGCACCUGAUCCCGUUAUCAAUCACGUCGACGUUCGUCACGCUAUCGUGGAAUAUGUCAAGUUCCGUCUCUAACAGCUACACGUUAAGAUACGAAGAAACUCUUAAGGAAAACAGUGAUAUUCUUACAACAACAGUUCCAAAUUAUCAAUCUGUGACAUUCUCUGUGGGUCUGAAGAUGCACUCCUACACCAUACACGGACUCAAACCGGGGACUACGUAUUCAUUCUCUCUCUGUAUUCAACGCGAAGAAUACACGUUGGUGAUUUCGACAAUUUCGGUUACUACUCGAAGAGAAAGCUUCUUGCUGACUCUCGGUAUCGAACGUAGUUAUUUAAGCGUUAUUCUAAUAAGCGUGGUGAUGGGGAUCAUUCUGGCCACGUGCAUUACGUUCUGUGGACUGCGUUGUUGGCGACAGCGGCUCAAACUCCAGCAGCAGUCUGCCCAGCUGAGGAAGAGUGAGUCCGGGUACUCGGGACGCUCCAUCCUGCAGUCUUCGUCCACUCACUCCGACAUGGCUUUCAUCACCUACAUCAGCCUGACAGACGACACGCUCUUCGCAGAUCAAAGUACAGAAAGUAACCUCAUGGGCUUCGCGUGACGAAACUGAGAAGUGAGACCGAAUUGAGAAGAAUGUGUCUUGUCCCCUUAUUUACAGCAUCGUAACUGACAACAUCCGAGAGCUAAAGAGGGAUAUCGAAAAUGUUUCUUCAAUGUUAGAAUAAAACAUAGCUAAUUAUACGUAAAGAUUUUCAGUUGAUAUAUGCGCGAGUGUCUCUACUUGUUUUGGUGGCUUGACAAAGAAGUGCCCCUCUUCAAGCAACAUCCACAGUGUCUAUUGGUGCAAUGUGCGUCGAGUGCAUGGACGGGGGGGCUAUACAGGGGUGUCUUGGUGCUAGAAGACAUUGCGAUUGGUGCCGCCUUUGCGAUAAAAUUAUAUAUAAGGUUAACUCAAAUUAAUUUUUAUAUAUACCAAUUUGUGAAAUAUAUUCUAAAUCUAUAUACAACUUCUAGGUCACACUAGAAAUAAGUUAUAUGCAGAUUUUCGAGUUGUCUGUAUCAGCUAGAAGGAUAUAUUCAUGCAUAGCGUUAGAAACCCCAAACCGAAAGGAACAGUGGCAGUGGGGGAUGCGUUUCUCUGUUAUUGAGCGGUUUGUUCUGAAGAUAAUCUUUGGUCACCGUGUUCCUCGCUUACUUUUUUUGCACAUACUUUGGUACAACGCAACGGAAGUAACGUGCCGUUGUUCGGGGAACACUGUACUUUGUCUGUAAAACAACUUGAGUAGAUGAUAAUACAAUAGGCCUCAAAUAGGCAGACCAGUUCUGUGUUCAAUGCAAUAGGCUACUUACAGACGAGCGAUAACGAACCUUUUUCAACCAGCGCUCCCUUGUGUCUAGGAGAGAAAUUUCAUCUUUUCAGUGAGGAAUACAAUUUUAUUUAAAAAUACAUAUUAUCACGAGUUAUAAACAUAUCAAAUUACAUAGACUCAUUUUAAACAAAUUGUAUUUAUUUAAUGAACAAUAAACACGGUACAAAAGGAAGUUUUCGAGGCUUUAUUGAGGUCCUUUCGAUAUAUAUUAGACAUUGCACGAAAUAUAAAGCGCUUAUGAGGUUUUAUGUGCCACCUGAGGGAACGUGUACGUACAGCUCGGAACAGCUGCCUUAGACAAACUGACUGUAUCCACCAACAAAAUAUUUAAACAUACGUAUAUAUCAUACCGAGAGAUUUAAAUGAAUUUUAACCGGCUAAGAUGAAUCUCAUAAUGAUAUGUAUGUAGUAAUAUAAACUCGUAUACCUGUAAUAUCAUAUCGACUUUUGUAUGCAUGACAAAGAGUGGGGUUUUAUCGAUAAUUAUGGAGUAAGUCAACUUCAUUAGGAAUCUUCAUUGGAACUUGCUGUCUGAUGUUUGUCACUGUGGUUAAGAGUGGAAAACGGAAGUCUGCCCUUCCCUUUGGAAACAGACACUAUUAAACCACUGAUAAAUUAAUAAAUGACUAAAUGACGAAUUUGGAGAACAUAACAAAACAGAGAACAUGUGUAAUGGAUGUAGUGAUAUACUCUGUCGGUCGCUAUAUGUGUCAGUAACCUCAUCGUGACAGAAAGGACAUUAGUAAUUUUGUAAUAAUAUACAUGAUGUGAAAGUAAUUGUUUUAUUAGAUGCAGUGACCACAGUAAUUUUAUGGACGGUGGAAAAUGUUCUUACUGAUCUCUUGUGCAGAGUUGCACAACACUCAGGUACUUAUGUAAACAUUUGUUAUGGAACUUCAAAACAAUUACCCAAAUUGAAGAGAGUGAAUUUUUCAUUACCUUACACCUAUUGAAAUCAGAUGGGAUGGACACAAGAAAUAAAAUUAUCACAUUGAGAAGUGACA